AUGUCACUCCAGGAGUAUCUCAAGAAAUAUGUCUCUGAGGAGCCUCAGGAGCAGGAAUCGGAGUCGGAUUUGUCGGAGACAGAGGAAGGACCCGUUGUUGUCGAGAGAAAGGUGCAGUCCAAGGGCUGGACGUCGGUAGAGACGAAAGAGACGGCAAGCACGCGACCGACGCUUAUGCAGGACGGAUCGCUGCCAGGACUCAAGACAGGGGAGGACAUCAAGAGGUCAAUGGAGAUGAAACAGCGUCAAUUGGAAGAGGAAAAGCGCAAGGUCCAGCAACAGUACAACCCCAAUAACGUCGAGACGGUCUAUAGAGAUGCCACUGGACGGAGGAUAUCCAGAGUUGAGGACCCAGACGCACAGAGGAAAGCCGAAGAGGAGCGGAAACGAGAGGAGAUAAAGCGUGUCAACGAGAGCGAAUACACAGCCAUCCAGAAACAGCAGGAAGAACAACGAAUAAAACAGCUGGAAACAGAGACGCAGGAGAGCAGAGAGCACCAAAAAAAACAGACGGUCAGCGACGACGACCCUGCGCUGCUGUUUGACGCAAACCUGCAGAAGCGCAAAAGAAAGCUUACCAAUUUGAGCGCGACAGGUAGAAAACUAUACGCAGAAACUGGAUAUCCCGACAACAGAUUUGGCAUACGGCCUGGCUGGCGCUGGGACGGGGUGAACCGCACCAACGGGUUCGAACAGCGGUGGUUCGAAAGACGGCAGGAAUUGGAGCAAAACGAGGUUCUAAAGUACACAUUACAGGAAGAUAUAUAG